CGCACUUUGUGAAGCUGUUAACUAGAGUGCAGACGAGAGACGGCGAGUGGAAGGAAGCAGUGAGAGCACGCUGAAUUCUGAAGCACUGGGCGAGGCACACUUUAACAAUGGUGUCGGACCCUUGUGGAGAGAUGAGUGGGGCCGAGGAGCAGAUAGAGGUGUGUGAGGAGACUCCAGAGGAGAGUUCACCAAAUCAGUCCAACAGGGAGAUGGUGAACCCAGAGCAAACCAACAGCAACGCAGAAGAAUCCCUGACUGAUCAGUCACUGAGUGAGGAGCGAGCCUUCGUGAUCAAUUUGUAUCGUUUUAUGAAGGACCGAGGCACACCCAUUGAGAGAAUCCCUCACCUAGGCUUUAAACAGAGCUUUCUGACUUUUACAGUCAACCUGUGGAAAAUCUACAAAGCCGUGGAGACGCUGGGAGGCUAUGACUCGGUGACAGCUCGACGGUUGUGGAAGAAUGUGUAUGAUGAGCUGGGUGGGAGUCCAGGCAGCACCAGUGCAGCCACCUGCACCCGAAGACACUAUGAGAGGUUGGUUUUGCCAUUCGAGAGGCACCGAAAGGGUGAGGAGGAUAAACCCCUUCCACCUUCAAAACCUCGUAAACAGUACAAGAGGAGCGAUGAAAACAAGAGCAGCAAAGCAGAGGGCAAGAAGAGGAGGAGAACAGUGGAGAGAGAUGAACUGGAGGAGACGCUCAGAGCAGAUCACCACUGUGAGAGAGGCUUGUGCCCUCACCCCAGUUCUUGGCCCAUGUCUUCAGAGCAUCCAGAAAGUGACAGACUUGCCCAGGGUAUGCUCCCAGACACCUGCCCUAGGGAGAAGCCCCUGCUCCAGCCCCUGAGCCCCGCCCUGGUCAUUUCCCCUCUGGAGAAGAAGAAGCGUCUUGCACAGGCCAGCCUGAAUCUGCCUGCGGCCUUGGAGGAAGGGAGCGAGCCAGAAAGACCCUCGGUGAUCCAGUUAUCCCACUCUUCUUCCUCCCAGUCUCCGGCCCGCGUGAGACAUGCCUCUGAUGGCUCACCCCUUCCCCUCUCCUCUCCAUCUGCCUCCCCCUCCCGCAGCUCUUCACCCUACUCUGUGUCCUCUGAGGAGGGUGUGGCUGGCCCACCCCGGAGGCAGACACCAGCUCCUGAAGUGGAAAAGCAGCAGAAACCAGCGCAGUUUGGUUGUCUCCCUAACACAGAGGCUGGAACUAUGCGAGUUUGCAAGCCUCUAAGCCGCUACCCUUUACCCAAAGAACUUGCUGGAAUACCCCGUCAACAUUACCAAGACUUUAUGCAUGUCAGUCCCGCACAUCAGGACAAAACUCAGAGGAUGUUGCCAAUUUGGGCCACAGAUGCCAAAUUGGGAUUGAGGCACUCGGCCCUCCGGAACUCUGUAUCUGCAUCCCCUGGACCAAGUUUCUGGGUGCCCUCUGCUUCCAGCUUCACUAAGGUCCUUCCUCGGAGGACGGGAUCACUACAGCCAUCCUACAAACCACACCACCACCACCACCAGCCCAAUUCCAAAAGGCCCAGCAGCGCCGAAGCCUACAUGAAAAAGACCCCUUUCACGGACAGAAAGGACAAAACCAAGAUGGUGGUGCCCAAACCCGUUCCACCCCAACAUUACUUGGUUCACUCACAGGCGAGUUUGUCCGUACCUUACCUAGUCCCAGCUUUUGACAGACCCAGAAUAGAAGCAGUGGAACAACUUAAAUCCGUCCAGCCCUUCCUCCUCCCCACUCAUCUCGCCAUCCCUCCGUCCCAAAGUCAUCCCACACAUCCUUUACCAGUGGGAACCACCUUUUCUGGACCUUACGAAGCAGCCUUGCGCUCAUAUCCUUAUCCACUGCCACUGUGGCACCCACCUGCUGGCUUUAGCAUGGCAAGCCUGCAGCCAUAUUAACAACCCUGACCUGCUCUUGGACCUGGAGAUGGUUAAACUGCAAUGCCAUUCAAUCAGUUCCUUUCAUGAUAAUGUAUCUAGGACUAUUUGAAAGGUUAAAAAACAUGUACUUUUUGGCACUUGUACUGAAGAUGCUCAUUUGGAUUUGACAUAUUGAUAUCUGCAUGUAAGCACUGAACCUUGGAGUAAAUACUUCUGCUCAUCAAGUAGUAACAAAAAAAUGUAAAAAAAAAACAAAAAAAAAAAAACUCAAUAUCUCAUUGCUCAAUGUCUAUCAUUGCUGUCCUUCAAAAACCAUGGCAACUGUUUCUUUUCCACACCUUCAAAAUUCCAUGAUGAAUAGACCAAAGGAAAUGCUCCAGAAUUACAUGGAACAAAAGCAUUUGACUUUUUUUGGUUGUUCAUGUUCCUGUUAACAUUAUUUUGGAACCAAAGUUUUUGAUGUUAAAACUAGUUUAAACAUUUUUUUGUUGGUCUACAGUACAAUGAAUCACUUUCUUCUCAACCCGAUGCAGUAUAGUAUGCAGUACAUGCAUGAUUAAGUAAGUGCAGAUUUUGCAUAGUAAAACUCAAAUGAAACUUGAAUAUGAGAAAUUGUGAAAUCAACUUAAGUAACUUGAUCCAUUUCUUGGCUGAAUGUCACUGUUUAGAAAACAGACCACCCGCAAGUGUUUUUGCCAUGUAAAUUUGUAAACUAUGUAUAAUAUAUUUUAUUUUCUAAAUAAAUUUGAUAUAAAAUGCA